UUCAUUGACGUUUAGCGCCAUGCCAAUGCUUGCUUCCCCAUAGACUCGCUUUCCUGGCUCUGUUUUUCUGAUCCUUGCUCUGCUAAAAACCAUUUGAACAGACCCAAAUUGCGAAGUUUCCUUCUUUUUUCACGUUGAAUUCUGUAUCACACCAUAAUAGCCGUAAUGGAAAAUGAGUCUCUGCUCGCGUAUAUCAGUCCCAGAAGGCGGCAUCCACCUUCGCAUCUCGCUCCACUGGCGGAGAACGACGAGGUGGUCCUGCCUCUGAACCCAUCGGAGAUUAAGGACCGACUUAUCUUUGGCCCUUCGACUCCUAGAGAUUCCGCUUCCUUAAUUGAAGCGUUCACCCUCUCGCUUAAUUCCCCGAGACAACAUUCUUCUUCUGCACAUGACCUUUUGGCUGGUUUAGUCGAUUCGCAAUUUCACCUGCCUCGACAAUCAUUGUCCAGACCUGCUUUUCAUCGCUGUAAAACGGCACCGGCUAUGGUUGUGGUCGGCGAAUUCAACCACGAUCCUACUGAACCUAAACCCCAAUGCAGUUCGAAUUCAAUUGUUUCCCAAGCGGUUAUUCUUCUUGUUAUUUAUUUAUCGUUGGGGGUGCUUAUUUAUUCUCUCAAUCAUCAUAAUUUUACUGGAAUUCAGACUAGUCCUGUGGUGGAUGCAUUGUAUUAUUGUGUAGUGACAAUGUGCACAAUAGGGUACGGUGAUAUUACUCCCACGAAUACAGCGACGAAGGUUUUCUCUAUCCUGUUUGUGUUGGUGGGUUUUGGGUUUAUUGACAUCUUGUUGAGUGCGAUGGUGACUCAUGUUCUUGAUUUGCAAGAGAGUCACUUGCUGAGGACAAUACUGAAGAGUAGGAGUGAGAAUGACAGGAGAUCAUAUAUAAUUGAUGUCAAGAAAGGGAGAAUGCGGAUUAGGAUGAAGGUGGGCUUGGCAAUGUUGGUUGUUCUGCUUUGCAUUGGAGUUGGUGUCUGUGUAAUGCAUUAUGUGGAGAUGCUUGGUUGGAUGGAUUCUUUCUAUCUUUCUGUGAUGUCAGUUACAACGGUAGGCUAUGGUGACAAGGCAUUCCAGUCUCUUUCUGGUCGUUUCUUCGCUGCAAUUUGGUUGCUUGUAUCGACUCUUGCAGUUGCUCGGGCUUUUCUUUAUUUAGCUGAGGCAAGAGUGGACAAGAGGAAUAGAAGAAUGGCAAAGUGGAUUCUUGGUCAGGAUUUGACUGUUUCUGAGUUUCUUGCUGCAGACUUAGACCAUAAUGGCUCUGUGAGUAAAUCAGAAUUUGUUGUAUACAAGCUCAAGGAGAUGGAAAAAGUAUCAGAGAAAGACAUCAUGCUGAUCAGCGAUCAGUUUGACCGGCUAGAUUUCAGGAAAUUAGGGAAAAUAACUCUUACUGAUCUCAUAGGGAAUCAUCAUUGACAAUAUAAGAAUCUGAGUAUGGUUAUCUAUAGUGCCAGAAAUUUCUGUCUUUUACCAGCAUGGAUCAAUUGAAGAGGAGGAGCAUCAGGUAGUCUAGUUUCAUGCUGUUGUUUAUUCCCUAACGCUUGAUCAUGAUCAUUGAGACAAGGCACAUAUGUUGAAGGUGAAUAAUGCUGCAAAAGAAACCAUAUUUAUGACAUGUUUUGUUGCCUGUUUUUUGAUUUGGCAACAUUUGUUUAGAGCAGGAUAUAGUACUGAUCUUACUGGAGUUCAGAGUGGAAAAUAAAAACAUG